CUUUAAUUAGUUCGACGUGAACAAACUUGAAACCACCUACUACAAACUACAAAGCUAAGAUCAAACGCCGAACACUUGCUUUUAUUUACUUUCUUUUCAAAUUUAACCAAUGAACAUCUCAAGAAGAUGCUGCACAUUGUUGUUUCUUCUCCUCCUUUCGCAUCAAAUCCUACCCGUAAUCAGUCAAAGUGAGAAGCUGCAACAAAAGACCACUAAUGAAGACAAACCGUCUACCUUCAAGAUUGUAUCCAACACCCUUUCAUUGUUGAAGAACGCCCAUAAAAAUUCUGUCGAAAAAAUCAAAACAAUUAUCCAUGAUUUCCGCUUGCAGUUCACUUCACCUAAGCCAGAUGAAGAAGCAAUGAAGAAAAGGGUUGAAACUGGCAAAGAAAACGUUGAAGAAACUGCGAAACCUGCCGCAGAAACUGUUGAAAAGACGGCUAAACCUGCAGCAGAAACUGUGGAGAAGACGGCUAAACCUGCAGCAGAAACCGUGCAAAAGAGCGCUGAGAAGGUUGAGGGGGAUGCCUCGGAUAAAAAAGAAUCUCGUGAUGAACUUUAAACAAAACCCAGAACCCGUAUCUGUAGAGUUAUUGGCUUUUUUGUUAUAAAUUUAUCAUCUUUUUGAGUACAAAUAUGCAUUAAUUCUCAUCUCUGAUGUACUUUUUUUUCCUUAU